GUGAGCGCGUUUAACAGUUUCUCUUUUGUCAGAUAAAGCUCACAAGUUUCUGUGUGACUGCAGAGUCGGUCUGCAGCGGAAACAAAAGAGACAGAAAUCAUCCAACAGACACGCAAUGCUUCAGACAGUUUUCACAAAUCAACUCCCGCGAGGAUCUACAACCUGCCCUGAAGUCUGGAUAACGGCAGACACCACCGGGACAAAUCAUUUAUAGUAGCCUACUAACAGUGGGAAUGAGCACCAACCAAUCAUCAGCCGACUGUGACUGGGUGUGCUGGGUCCAGUGGUGCGUGUAUGUGCCCAUUCUGGUCUUCGGCCUCCCUCUGAACCUGGCCGCUCUGUGGCUGCUGCUCUUCCGUGUUCGCCGCUUGAGCGAAUCCACGGUUUACCUCAUCAACCUGAUCAUCAACGACGGCCUGCUGAUUGUGUCGCUGCCCUUCAAGAUACACGCGUACAAGAAGCAAUGGACUCUUGGCAAUACCUUCUGCUCCCUGCUCGAGAGCCUGCUCUACGUCAACAUCUACGGCAGCAUCAUGCUGAGCAUGUGCAUCGCGGUCGACCGCUACAUCGCUCUUCGGUUUCCGUUCGCUGCGCUUCGUUUGCGCUCUCCGCGCAAGGCGAUGCUCGUGUGUCUGGUCCUGUGGAUGGCGGUCUUUGGAUUCAGCGUCCCCAUCUUCAAUCUUCGCGAUGGUCUAAACAACACUUCUUCAACUUUUUGCUUCCAGCAAUUCUCUAACAGAACUUGGUCCAAAAGUUGGAUUCUGGUCUCAAUGGAGACAGUGUUUUGCAGCAGCGCCUUGUUGAUGGUGUUCUGUUCCGUGCGCGUGGUGCAGAUCCUGCACGGCCUGAGGACACGCAAUCCAGGCGAUGCCAAACUGCGCAACAACAAGAGCAUGAAGAUCGUCCUCAGCAACCUGGUGGUGUUCCUCACAUGCUUCAUUCCUUACCACAUAGCAGUGCUGCUUUACUUCCAUGCCAAGACAAGCAACCCGGACUCAUCCAGCAUCGAUCAUCUGCGCUAUUUUGUGCACGUAAGCAUAUGUAUUAGCAACGUGAACAUCUUGGCAGAUGGCGCGUGUUACUACUUCAUUCUUAAGGAGAACCUGGAGUCUGCAAAGCGAGAUAGGAGAAUGGCUAUACACGUCAGAGAGACGCGCAUACGUUCAAAGAAUCAAAUGUUAUUUAGCGAAACGUGUAAUGGUUCAUCCAAAGACACUGAGAAGAUGGAAGUAAGUGUGGUUGCUGGUUUUACAUAAAGACUUAUAGGAAAUUCAGGAAGACUGAACUCUGGGAUGAUUAAUCCUACAGUAACACAGCGAAGGAGACAGUAAGACAUGCUUGUGUAGAUGAGCUGAGUGUGUUGGUGGAUGGGAACUACUGUAUACACAAAGGAUG